GAACAGCGGGCAAAGUGCAGCCUCUGCCCUUUCCGCUUCGCUCUCCUCCUUCCCCCAUCAUCAUCAUCAGCAACAUCAUCACCAUCAGCAACAUCACCGUCACCGCCUCCCCACCCAACGGAUCUUGAAUUUAUCCGCCACGACCGCGGAGAGGAUUGUGAGCGCCGUGAGAUCGACGAGAGAAGAGGAUUAAACCCGACAAACACGGGGAGGGAGAGAGAGAGAGACAGAGGGACCGAGAGUGACACAGUGACACGGACACACACGGGGGGACACCGUGGGAGGAGGAGGGGGACGCAAGGUGAGAUAGAUAGAGAGACAGAGACACCGAGGUAGGGACACGGGCUGAGACACGGGGAGAUGGAGGCCUGCGGGUGAACGGAGGGGGGGUUCCACAAUGCGUUGAUUCGAGCUCGCAGUGCGUGAGAGGGGCUGCUGCUGUCGUUGUUGAGAGAGAGAGAGGAAGAGAGAGAGGAAGAGAGGGAGGGAGGCUGCCCCAGCGAUGGCGAAGGCGGCGAGAAGACGCGCUGCGUGGGCCACGCGAGUUCGGGACGUGGCCCUGUGGCCGGGCCCCGCGGGGACCCUGGGGGGCCUGGAGCUGAGCGGCGGUGCCGAGCGGGGCCUCUUCGUGUGCGUGGCCGCGUGGACCCCGGGGCCAGAGCGGUGCAGCAGCAGCGGCGGCAGCAGCAGCGGGGUGGAGCAGCAGCAGCAGCUGUGCCCCGGGGACGUCGUCCUCGAGGUGGACGCGACCCCCGUGGCCGGCUUCAUCCUGCACGACGCGCGGGCCCUGCUGCAGCAGCUGGUGCAGCAGCAGCAGCAGGAGCAGCAGCAGCCGGUGCGGGUGAAGGUCGUGAAGCCUGGGAAAGACAUCAACAAGGACCUGAAGCUUUACCUGAACCAGCGCUUCCAGAAGGGCUCGGUGGACCACGACCUGCAGCAGACGAUCCGCGACAACCUCUACCUGCGCACCGUCCCCUGCACGACGCGGGAGCCGCGUGAUGGAGAGGCCCCGGGCCUCGACUACGACUUCAUCUCGGUGCACGAGUUCCGCCAGCUCGAAGCCCAGGGCAGGCUGCUUGAGAGCGGCACCUACGAGGGGAACUACUAUGGGACCCCGAUGCCGCCGGAGGAGCCGGGCGUGGACCCCGCCGGGAGCCCCGCAGAGGCUGCUUGGAGGCCGGGCUCCCUGACCGCUCGCAGGCGCAGCAAGUCUGUGAGCAACAUGGAACCUGUGGGCACAGGGGCCGCGGGCAGCGCGAGCCCGGGCACCCCGCGCGAGCAGCCGCACUCGCCCAUCAACAGCAGUGAGACGGCCAGCGUGCUCACAGACUCGAGCGAGCACGACGAGCAGCUAUCGCAGCCGCAGCCUCCGCACGCGAGCCACGCGCGGUACGCGCGGGGCGGCACAGACGAGGAGGAGGACGAGGACGAGGAGGAGGAGGGUGACGACGUGAGGAGCAGGGGGAGAGGAGGGGAGCUCGACGAGGGGGCCCUCUUGCCCCCCGCGCACCAUGUGAACGCGGGGAUGGACGACGACGACGAUGAGGAUGACGACAGCCCCAUGCCCGACAACUGGGAGAAGACACGGACAGAGGACGGCACGGUCUACUACAUCGACCACAGCACCAAGACCACCACGUGGCUUGACCCUCGCCUCAAAACCCAGCUCAAGGCUCCUGAGGACUGCACCGAGGAUGAGCUGCCGUACGGUUGGGAGAGGAUCGAAGACCCGGAAUACGGAGUCUACUACGUUGACCACAUCAACAAGUGCACGCAGUACGAGAACCCCGUGACAGAGGCGAAGAAACCUCAACCAGCGGGGAAGCCGUUCUUUACGCGCGACCCCACGGAGCUGCGUGGCUCCUCGCUGAGCUCGCGGCUGCAGAAAAGUCAACGCGGCUUCGGCUUCACCAUCGUGGGUGGCGAUGAGCCCGAGGAGUUCCUGCAGAUCAAGAGCCUCAUCCCGGGCGGCCCCGCCGCCGCAGAGGGCCUCAUGGAGACCGGAGACGUGAUUGUGCGGGUGAACGACACGUGUGUGCUGGGGCACACGCACGCCCAAGUGGUCGAGAUUUUCAAGUCGAUCCCAAUCGGGCAGCACAUCGACCUGGAGCUGUGCCGCGGCUACCCGCUGCCCUUUGACCCCGACGACCCCAACACGCACCUCGUCAAGUCGGUGGCCAUCACGAAUGAGCCGGUGUUCGUGAACGGCGGCCGCACCAUGAGCGUGCGCAGCGCUCGCUCCUACGUGCCGGCGCCCGAGUACCGCGGUGGCACGCGGCCCGGCAAGAUGAACCUGCCGCAGGACAAGGCCCUGGCGAUUACGUCACAACCCGAGCUCAUCACCGUGCACGUGGCCAAGGGCGCAAGCGGCUUCGGGUUCUCCAUCGCGGACGGGCCGAGCGGACAGCGCGUGCGGCAGGUUAUGGACGCCCAGCGCUGCCGGGGCCUCAAGGAGGGCGACCUCCUGCUCGAGAUCAACCGCGAGGGACUGCAUGGCGCCAAGCACGCACAGGUCGUGCAGAGGCUCAAGGAGUUCAACGUUGGCAGCACCGUGACCUUCCUGAUCCAGCGCGGGGGUUCCUACCUUCAGAAGAGUCCCAAGCCGGGCCCGAGGCGGCACGUUGUGCCUCAGUCGAGUCAGGACGUGAUGCUCCCAUCGCUGGUGAACCAGGGGCUGGCACGUGGCGGCGGUGGUGGUGGCCGCUCCGGCUCCCCCACUCCCUCCAGCAGCCCCGACAGCCGGCACCCGGACGCAUACCGCCUGUACCGCGAGUCGCGCUCUAUCUUCGACAGCAAGGCGGCGUCCGACUACAGGGAGAUGGACAUCCUGUUGCGGCGGCACGAGAGCGGCUUCGGCUUCCGCAUCCUGGGGGGGAACGAGCCUGGAGAACCCAUUGUGAUCGGCUCGAUCGUGCCGCUGGGCUCGGCGGACGCGGAUGGGCGCCUGCGCACGGGGGACGAGCUGGUGAGCGUGGACGGCGUCGCCGUGCUGGGCCAGUCCCACACGCACGUCCUGGGCCUCAUGCAGCAGGCGGCCAAGAAGGGCGACGUCAGCCUCACCGUGCGGCGCCGGGGCUCGCCCGCAGAGGGAGAGCAGUGGCAGGGGCACGACUCUUCGACGCUGCUGCACGGGGAGGGGUUCACCGGUGGCCGGGAGGGGUUCCCCGGUGGCCGGGAGGGGUUCCCCGGUGGCCCGCCAGGGUCCGGGAACGCACGCGCCCCGUUCGGGGGGGACGGGGCCUACACGGGCGGCACACGUGACGUCCUCCUGCACCGCGGGGACAACGAGGGCUUCGGAUUUGUGCUCAUCUCAGCGCUGCCCUUCCCAGAGAGCAACGGCACUCACGGGGAUGGGGAUGUCCCGCACAAGAUCGACCGCAUCGUGGAGGGCAGCCCAGCGUCGCGCUCGGGCCAGCUGGAAGUGGGCGAUCGCAUCGUGGCGGUGAACAAGCAGCCUAUUGUCCACCUGAGCCACGACCAGAUCGUCAGCCUCAUUAAGGCCGAGGGCAACACCAUCCUCCUACGCAUCGUGCCUGCCCGUGACUCGGCCGCCCUCUCCCCCAUCAACAACGACGACAACUUCUCCGGCAGCCAUGCGUCCAGCGCUUUCCGCUCCACGGACACGCUGGGGCCUGACCCGCGCAGCAGGAAGGACGUGAAACCCGACCCCAAGUCCUCACAGGUGUCCAUGUACUAUCUGGUGGACCUGGAGCGGGGCCCCUAUGGGUUUGGGCUGAAGCUGGACGGGGGCCGCGAGUUCAACCGCGACCUCACCAUCGUGUCGCUCGCGCCCGACAGCCCCGCCAUGCGCAGCGGCAAAAUACAGGUGGGGGACCGCAUCAUGGAGAUCAACGGGGAGAGCAGCAAGGACAUGACGUACCAGCGCGCGAUCGACGCCAUCAAGGCCAGCGGGCGGCGCGUACACCUGCUCCUCAAGCGACGCGGCGCGCCCGUCACAGACUACGAUCCCAACUCCUCGCGGAGCCCAACGGCUCCUCGCCGCGCCACCUUCGGCUCGCCGGCCACCUCGGUCCCCACCGGCGCCGGCGGCGGCUCCACGCUGCCCCCCCGCGUGGAGCGCGGCGCCGACCCCCACGCGGCCCGGCUCCAUGCGCGCGAGCGCGUGAGAGACAGGGAGAGGGAGGCCGAGGCGAGAGAGCGACAGUGGGAGGAGAGACAGCAGGAGAGAGAAUGGCAGCAGGAGAGAGAACGGGAGAGGGAACGGGAGAAGGAGCGGGAACGGGAGCGGGAACGGGAGCGGGAACGGGAGCGGGAGCGGGAGAGUGUGCGGCAGGAGAGAGAGUUGAUGGAGAGGGAGCAGGAGAGGCUGAGGAUCGCUCGGGGCAAGGAGCAAGACGGCGUUGUAGCCAGCAAGUCGAGCGUGCAGGAUGAGGUCGACCACCAGUCGGUGAAGUAUGUUGGAAAGCAGCAGCAGCUCCGGCCCCCCAGGGAGAAGACCGCGGACGCGCUGGACGCUGCCGCACAACGCGUGGAGCCGAGCAACGGUGGCGGCGGUCAUCCACGGAGGACGGAGGCCGGGCCAGAGACGGAGUCGCCGCCGGGCCCGGGGUCGGCGGAGCGAGGCGACGCGAGGCCUCGCGUGGACAGCGCGAGCUCGGGCUGGACCGACGAUGGCACGGGCCGCAGGACCCUGGCGCCGGGGCCCUGGAAGGUGCCGGCCUCCGACAAGUACCCGGCUCCGCUGAAAUCGUCACGUGGGAAAGCGAGCAGGAAGUGAGGCGCCAGGUCGAUCGGCGCCGCUCGGCAGCGGUGGUGCUCAGAGACAGCGACAGCCGCCCGCCCGUGCAUUGACACGGAGGACCCAAGGGCGUGUGGCCACUGAUCAGAAUUUAACUUUUUUUGUACAAGUCUGGGGAAUGUCACCGUGCGUUGUGUCGCCAUGGCCUCUGUUGAAGUGAUGUGAUUACUGUGGCUACAAGGGCUAAGCAGUGUGAGUGAAGCGGUUCAUUGUGGGUACAGCACUGCUGAUGACUGCCACGGGGACUGCACCAUCCCUGCUCUCCCUCAAGAGUUUGACUCCAUCUCCCCACCCGGACCCCUGAAGACGCCGCCGGUUCCCCUCUGCGUCCACCCUCUCUGUCGCAAGACUUCGCAGGCUCAGGGAGACCGCAAGAGUCCCAAACGAGGCUCCGCUGUCGUCUCGGUCACGUGGCCCACUCGGCACGCGUCCCGUCAUCUGCAGUGAUGGGGGGAGCGGUCGUUUCUGGUUUUCACAGAUACUGCGUGAGAAGGCAAAGUCACACAAUUAUCACAACCUCAACAAUCUUUACUCGAACGCUCGAAUCAUUCCACAGGGUCCCACGGCCUUUCGUGGGGGAGGUGAAAUGCGCUCCGCGUCCGUGAGCGCCUUCCCCUUCACAGCGCCCGGCCGUCUCGCCGCUCGUCAUCGCCACGAAUUCUUCAUCAGCGUCCGGCGGCGGGUGUCGAGGUGUCGUGCUCCCUGCGUGACGCCCGCGGCCAAGUUAGGCAAGGGAUGGUCUCCCUGCGCCAUGCGUGGUGAGGUUGGCACAGCAGAGCGCCGAUCUCCGUCGCCGUCCUCACAACCGUGGCGCACCGGCCGGACCGAGACGAGGAUUGUCGCUUCCAUCUGGGAUUUCGGAAGGGGGGGGGGGGGCUUCCCAGAAAAUGUCGAAUUUUUCUUAAAAUAAAAAAUAAUAGUAAGCAGAAGCAGCUCCUCUGAGAUGCAGUUCUACUUUACAUUAAUAAUACACAUAAGCAGAUGGGAAAUAUAAACCUGUCACUAAGAAAUUUUAGCAAAUAUGCACGUGACAUUUUCUAUGCUUUGUGGAAACUAACUCAAUACAGAGUUGAUUUAGAACUCAAGGGAUUCACACUAAUAACGCAGUAAGCAAUGGGAAGUGAUGUAAGUUGAUUUACAGAUGUGAAUCUCUGUACGGCAGUUGCAGCCCAGGAUGCGUGUGGAUUGGCUCGCUAUCAUUGUGAUUGGCUGAUUCAGAGAAGGCAGGAAGAGACUCUCACCCCCUCCUUGGGCAAUGUCACCUGGUACAGUGGAGCUGUUUGCCUCGCUCCACGCAGGAGGCGGUGAGAGCCAUCGGACUCCCGAAGGAUGGCACCAUCGUGGACCAGAGGAAGUCUGCGUAGCUCCGUGUGCGACGCACGUCACUGUGGUUGUGACGGAUCGGCCGAUCCUAUGCUCAAGUGCAUGUACAUGUCCAUGUCCGUGCGUGUGUAUGCGUGUGCCCAUCGGGCAAGCCCAUGUGCACAUUUCUGACAUUUUAUCAGAAAGUGCUGCUUCCUUUAAAGAACUGGCCUGGCCCGUUCGUUUCUAUUCUGUAUGGAGAUGGUUUUUAUGAAAUAAUGCACGCACUGAGACGGUGGUUAUAAACAAUAGUAGCAUUUGCACUGAGUGCGCGUGAGACGCUUGACGAGACUGAGGCCUCGGUUUAACGAGCGACGCAGGUGGGGGGCACGGCAGUCAACGCUCCCGGCGUCACGUGUGGACGCGCGGGUCCCCUGGGGAGGUCACCAAUGGGACUCGUGUCCACUACGCCAACCGUGGUCACACGGGGUCCGCGUGUGCAAGCAACAACAGCAGCAGCUGUUUACGACGAUCAGCUCCACGCUACCUCAAUCGCCUGUUCACUGGCACAGGUGCUCGCACUCGGAGUGGGCUUGCUUUGGCCAGCACGCCCGUUCAAACGGCGUCCAUUCACUUACGGCGUCAGCGUGAUUUUAUCCGAUCAAUUGCACAGAGCUCAAACGUGUUCCUGUGUGGACUCGUCGUACAAUGUCCCACUGCACCUUGCAUUUGAGCGUUUGGCCUUGAGAGGGUCAUUGUUACGGCAUAAACAAUGAUCGGUCAAAUAGCAUGGUUUCCCGCACUUCUGAUUAGCACAGUUGGCUAUGUAUGGUGCGAAAGAAGUUCAUACCAGUUGACUGGUUUAUAAUUUAUUUGGGACUCUGCUACCCUUCCACCAAACUGUUCAGAGAACAUCCGCUCCCACUCACACUGGGGAUUUAAAAGUUUGAAUUGACAUCUCCUUAAUUCUGAUUAAAGAAGCGGGGCGAGGUUUUCUCCAGCCACUGAGAAUUGUCAUCAACUGGAAAAACUAUUCAAGAACACGGCGUCAGCUGCAGAUGCCGGACUUUCAAUCCCACUUAACGGGACACCCAGUCGCUCACCGAACGUUUAAGUAAUUUAAAAAGGGAUUUAUUAAAUAGCUCAAGUAACAUGAAUUCCUUUAGCCGAGCAGUUCUCUGUAUAAACAGAACCCUUUGCGCAGUUUUGACAGAAGUGAUCCUCAUCAGCAAGGUGUCACCUGUGAACUUGUGAAGAGCCCUAACACUCGGCCAUUUCGCGAGGCUCCUGCAGCCUAUCGAAAUCCGUUGCUGCUGCAUGUUUCAAGUUAAUUUUGUUGAACCAGUUGAGAAUCCAAGAGACCAGUUUGAGUCUCAAUUGAAAGUAACCCGGGGCAUUAGUCUCCCAGUACGGCCACGAUUGCUGCAUGCGAUCCAAAUUGAGUAAUUUGCGGUGUCUUUUUUUCACCCUGACGCCAGCACACAAUGGCCUACUCUUUGCGAAUGACAGGGGAUCUUUGACGUCGACCGAUAAGCAGAAUGCGCGUAUUAUUACAGUUUCCACCAGCAGUAAUAACCAGGGCGGCCACUGGAUGCAAAACGGAACCUGUGCAAAAAGCGGCACAUGCGCCACCCCUUGACCACCUGUACAACUAAUUUGUUUGGCAAAAGAUGACGAGGCAACGUCUUCUGAAUAACUUACCGAGUUAUGGAAUGGAAAGAAAAUUAUUAACAAUUCAGGCCCAAGCCUUGCUGAUGAGAAGCAAUGAUGUCCAAACAUGAUCAGUGAUGCCGGGUUUUGGGAAUUCUUUGUAUUAUUUCCAAAGUGUAAAAGUAUAUCAUCUGGAUCCUAGGUUAAGCCACUGCACUUGGCCCCUGUUUAGGUGGCGAGGUUUUGUCCGGCGAGUUCCUCAAGUGCUGUGUGAGCCGUGUGAGACGAUCCGGGGUCGGUGUGAGCUGCCCCUGGCAGAGUGUUGGCCGUAGACUCGUGCACGGUUCCGCGUAGCGUCCGCUGCAGUUUGCUCUCCUCUCGGAAUCGGCUCUGGGGAUUGCACAUUCCGAGCAGUUGUCGUGGUCCUCUAAAUGCACCACUCUCGCUUUGAUGGGAGCGCCAGGCCUCUCGUUUCGUGGAACCGCAGCUCGCUCCCACGUGGUGUCUCUUGUGGGGCGAGGGCGGCGAGCUAGGGAGGGCGGAGGCGACGAAAGAGCGCCUUCUCAAAGUUCUCUGGAGGUUUGACAAUUGGCGACUUGGUGCACAGCGUAGUCGUGGCCAAAGGUGGCACUGUGAAGGAUGUGAAUGCACCGCUCUUGUGGGGUGAUGACGACAAUCAACGUGUAAAAGCUUUAUCUCAUAAACUCGAGCCAUGCCCCCCCCCCCCUUUUUUUCUUCCAGCAAAGCCUUCUGGUCGCGCAAUUCCCCGUUCUCUCGCGCCGUGGCCUCCGUUCCACGCGACCGCAUCUUCUCCGCACAGUGCGAGGCUCCGAUCUCAGAUGCGGUUGCGACGCAUUGUUUUUUUCCCAGCGCGGUUUUAUGUCUGCAAGCGUGCGCGCUUGUGUGUGUGCGCGCAAACACACCCACGAGUGUGGUUUGGCUCCAAAAUGCAGAGACGGCAGCACUUGGACAUGCUCUUGAGACAACGAGCAUAGUUUUGUUAUGGAGUCUCUCCCGUUGCUUAACGCGCAUUCAGUAUGCGGCGAGUACUAAAAUUGCACUUUACAAGGUGACGUGCUGCCUUGGAAAUGUCUGGUAUGGGAGUGCGAUUCCAGCCGAGGCAAACUACAGAGCCGAGCAGCUCAGCACCGUGCCACGUUCACGCGUCGGGCCACGCCGAUUUAACAAGUCGCGCUUUGAGAUCACGAACAUUCCUGGGCGCACCUCCCCACCCCCCACAGGCAUCAUGACCAUGCGUGGACCCUGCAUGCGCCACCUCGGUGGAUUCACUUGCUGCGUUGACCAUAUUGAUUCUAAAGCAACGGAACCCUUGAGUGUCGCUUCUGCUGCUGUUGCUGCUGCCAGGGCCACGAGGAUGGGGUCAACCGAAGGGCAUCGCUUAUUCCUUGCCACUCGUCCACCCGACCCUGUCCCUCGCACCAACAUUCCGAUCGUUUCUCCCACGCUGAAUGGGAAAAGCAGCGGCCACUGGGUUGCUAGGUAUGGUCGUCACCUGUCAGGAUUUGACCUGGACAUUCUGGCAAAUGGAAACGCAGUCUGGAAAAGGUGGUAACCCAAGUGCUAGGCCUGGCUGACACAUGUAUUAAGCGGAAAGCUCCCUUAAUGGACACGGAUUUAGACAACGAAGGGAAUUCCUCAUUUGAGUUUUUUUUCAUAUUCUGCAUAAACACCGUGGGAAUGGUUCUCUUGACCACACUGGGGUAUGGCGAGCGGGUGGUGAUGCUGAAGCCCUGAGCACAGCUCACGCAAGGGGGAAGCACACUGAGUGACGUGCAGCUGUAGCCCAACACCACCACUGUCGCACAUCCACACCUAGGUAGGGUCCUUCCUCGUGUCCCUUGUAUAUUAUUCCUACCAUGGUACUCGUUGUUUAUACUCUCCGUAUACUGCAUAUGCAUGUAACGAAGGUACGGCGUGAACGACAAUUUGGAACUUGAGAUUUUUACAUGUCCACGAGUUGGCGUUAACGUGAUUGCGCGCUGUAUCGAGCGGGGCGGCGCCGUGCGGCCCCGGGGGUCACCACCCACAGCACCGUGGCACGCGCCCCGUCGGGAAACGGCCAAGGGGACAUUUUCCCUCCUUGUGGGGGCCACCGUACCCUGCUGGUCCUCUGGGCUGCAUGGGCACCGGCGCUGUGGAUUUGUGGUGCCCCAGGCAUAGGGUGGGGGGGCCCCUGUGCUGUGGGGAGGCACACGAGGAAGUUGUUCUGCUUGCCCUUGAAUGCGCAUUGUGGAUUUUGGUAAGAAUCGUAUGUGCAAACACUUUAUAUGAAUGGUUAAUGCUCGUGUGCGCUGCUGCCCAGGGUGGUGCAUCCGGUGUCCUAUCGUGCAGGAUGGCAGCGUUAGGAUCUGGCGAAGUUUAUUCCAUAACGGUACAAGGUGUGGGACGCUAACUGUUGAAUUCUUAUAUUGAUUACGUAUAUAUUACAAAAGGACUGGAUUCCUUGAAAAAUCUCAUUAUAUUCAUAGGUGAAUAGACCAAAUAUGUUAUGUUUAUUUGUUUAAUGAAGAGUGUUUUUAAUGUUUUGUAUGGCAGCUGGUAAGUUUAUAUUUGAAACAAUGGAAAUUCUGAUGAUUUUGAGUAAAUAUAUAAACAAAGAAUAUUUUAUGCUAAAAAGUUAUACCCAAAAUGCAACUUAGUGGUGUUACCGGGGCUGUGAUCCAUGCAAACGCUACAACCACUGAUUUCUUAUUCCAAGCCAUCGUUUUCCAACUUAAAUUUGCUAACCCAUCUUGAGCAGGCAGGCGGUGAGCCACUGCGUUUAGAGGUCACCGAGUGCGGGUCUGGUCGGGGGAGUGUGUGGGACCGGCUCUACCUGCACUUGUAUUCACUUGCAUUCACUCGCCGCGUCUGCAGCCUUCUGGCUCCUACUCGCCUGCCUCGCCGCGCAAACCGGCAGCAGCAGCAGAAGGUGCCUUUGGCAAUCAGCACAGGUGUGCCACGGUCCGCGCAGCUGUGUUUACACGAGGGCGCCAGGCCACAACGGACAUGCUCUCAACCAAACCAAUUCUAACUGGGGUUUGUUUAGGUUUAGAAAGCCCUGUCAAAGUCCAUCCCCUUACGCCACCACUGCCCAUACCCACGUGGUUUUAUGUUUAUACGACCACAAUCUCGAAUUCGGACAUGCCACUUGUAGUAAUCUUCCGUUGAAUCUUGUUUUUUUUUUUAAAGCAAAAGUCCUACAAAAUGUCCACCCGACAGAGAACCUCCCUGAUGUAAGGAAGCCCUGGUAAUUUCUCUGCCUGACCGUCGACCUUCCCUCCCUGUCUUCCCUGGAAACGCUAAGUCCUCCCGUCACACCAGAAGCUGCUUUAGGGCUGCCAAGCGUUUGUCUCCAGUCCACGUUGAGAACUGAAGCUGCAAUUCCAUUGCACGUUCUGAUCAAGUCGGUGUUCCGAAGCGCCCUCGUGUAGGCACAGCUUUUAGUCUCAUGGAACUGUACGAUCGCACUGCUUUAUGCAAAUGUUUUCUCCCGGUACUCUGGUGUGCUCGCGACACAAACAUGUAAAAAGAAAAUUCGCUCGCGUCUCAAUUGGUACACGGAUAAAGAAUUGCCUAGCCCUGCGAGGCUUCCCAGGGUCAUCCGCAACUUGUAUUUAACUUGUAUUUAACUUGCAUCCUGUAUUCACACUAAUCACUCUGGACAUGCGUGGGGGAGGGGGGGCAUUGCAGGUUAUGGACACACAUUUCUUUAAAGCGACCAAAAUUACGUGUACAGUUUAAAUGGUUUUCUCUUCAAUUGUUACAUUUUCCGUUUACAAGACCCACCUGCAGACUGCACUGGUAGAGUGUCAUCUUUUGCAAACUCCUUACAGGUCACAGCCUUGCACCCUAAUAUAUUUUUACUGUUAUUUACCGAGUGUAUUCUGUAUACAUGGACCCAAGCUUACGGAGUGAUGAAUUAUUUGAAAUGCGCAAUCUCGUCUGCUCUGGUUUAGUUUUGUGUAUACGGAUUAAACUUCACUCUCG